AUGAGCCAAAAUGGCGACGAUGCAGAAAUCCGCGACGCCAUGGUUAAUCCGGUCCAGCGACGCGAAUCGUCUGCUGCCCGCUUCCUCAAGCACUUCCGACCGGAUCGCAACAAUCCGGCCUACCACAGCGAGGGGAAAGGUUUGCGCAAGAGACGCAAUUGGGCAUCGGAGCGUCAGUUGACGACCCAUUCGGACAAUCCGGUUGCCGGAUCGGCUUCGUCGGCCAACGAUGCGGCCACAGAUCAACAACGGCCAGUGGCCAAUGCCAACGCUCCCCAAAGGAGUCACAGUUUCAGUGAACCGGAUGCUUCGGGCGUGGUGGUCGCAGCAGCCCGCACCUCUUUUAAAGAAGCUUCCGGCAUGCGGGAAUCGUUCCGCUGGCGUUUCAGCAGCAAAUCGUCGAAAUCAUCUUCAUCGUCGUCCGAACAGUCGCCAAAAGGUGGCGACACGUGCAAGCCAGCCAACACGGAAACACCGCAGGCGACUUUAAUGAGAAGCACUUCGACGCCAUCUAGCGGUGGCAAUAGCAACGACACUGUUCUUUCGGAAACGACGUUUCCGUGCAAUAAUAACCCGCCGGCGGCAGGCAACAAUUGGAGCCAACUCCAUCACCUCCCUGGCGGCCAUUUCAAUAACAAAAGCCCUUCCAAGAAACCACCGCCGACUACAAUGCACGAUUCAAGCGGCACGGUCGUUGAUGGCCGCUCGUCUGGCGUUCAAGUCCAGUUGCAACAGGAUCAUUUGGCCGGCCAUCAGGCCAGCAGCCCGUCUGAGCCGAUCUACAGUAACGGCAAGGCUCAGCCAACGACAGCGGCCAGUCGAGUGAGUUAUUACGCGUCGGCGGGAGGAGGUGCCGAUGCCGAUUACGUCAACUAUGAAAUGUUUGCGUCGCAUCAGUUUAGCGGCAGUUGGUCGGGCCAUCAGAAACAGCUGGAACCGGACCUCAUCCGCAAUUUGCCCUAUCAGCAACAACAGUGCGCGUCGACGGUAGCGACCCCCGUCCACUCGAACGGCCCAUCGAAACAACACGGCAACAACGCGCCUUUCAUCACCAACCCAUCGCCUCAUCGCCAUAGCAACCGCGUUCAUCCCGGCAGGUAA